ACGCUUUUGAAACGGAUUUCUCUUUACGGUGUUGUUAUUGUCGUCGUCGCGUGUCGUCGUCAUUGUCGUCAUAGUCGUCGUCGUGCGUGCGUGCCUGCGUGCGUACGUACGUACGUACGUACGUACGUCUCUAGAACUAAAAUAAUCUCUCGCGUUCAGUUUAUUCUACGGGUACGACGAACGAAGUGUAAGAUGGCGGCAGAAAGGCAACAACAAGAUUUUAAUAGGAGUGCAUUGACGAUCGACGGUGAGCGGGCUUGGUACACCGGACAACGAGCUCAUAAAAUUCCCAAUGGUUUGGUCCAUGUCGUUGGUUGUGAUUGUAUAAGUUUGGAUCUUUCUUACAAUGAAUUAACCUCGGUCACGGCAUUAAAGGAUUUCUCUAAAUUGGAGGAAUUAAUAUUGGACAAUAAUCGGCUACGCGAUUUAAAAACAUUACCUUCUAUGCCAUCUCUAACAACUUUGAGCCUGAAUAACAAUAAGAUAACAAACAUAGACGAUGCCUUAGAAAAGAUACGUGAUUGUUGUCCUAUUAUCGGUUAUGUGAGUCUCUUAGGAAAUCCGGGAUGUCCCGAUCAGUUAACAAAUCCAAAUUCAACAGACGAGAACGAUUACGAACGUUACAGGUUAUAUGCGAUUUAUACAUUACCAUCAACUUUACGGUUUCUCGAUUCACGGGUAAUCACUUUGAAAGAGAGAAACGACGGGAAAAAUCGUGGAAGAUAUUCGAAAACGAUUAAAGCGUUCACAAAUCAAACCAAUGAUAAUUUAAUAAGCUUACCACUUCCAAAUGAAUUUGACGACGCUUAUUUCAAUAUUAGAUAUACGCCAUUGCCAAUAACUAAUCGUACACCACAAGAUCACCGAGGUGCAUUUGGAAAAUGCAAGUAUCGUUAUUCUGGCAAAAAUUCGGAAGGCAACAGAUUUAUCUUCAACAAGGAUCUAUGAAAUCGAAAAUAAAAUAAUGGCAGUUUAUAGUUUAUAAUCGAUAACCCUGUUCUUUAAAAAAUUACACUACACGACAGAAACUAUUCGUGCCUUAAUGCGAAUUGGUAUCUCUUAUUUUUAUUACUAAUACGUAAUAUUUAUCGAAGAUACCCUCUUCUUACAAUCGUUUUAAGUACGAAUACAUCGAUUCAGCCUUUCGAUUUGUUCCAGUAAUCAAUGAUAAAAAAGAAAAGAAAAUAAUUUUAAUAAUAAUAAUAAUAAUAAUAAUAAUAAUAAUAAUAAUAAUAAUAAUAAUAAUAAUAAUAAUAAUAAUAAUAAUACUAAUGAUGAUGAUGAUGAUCGCUGCUGUGCAGCAGAAAUGUUUGUCUUCCACGUCAAAGUAUAACAAAGUUUGAGUAAAUUAA